UAUAAGCAACCAAAACCUAUGACCUGUAAUUAACUCACACAUAUCCCCUAAAGUCUUUAUUAUAAAUCCCAUCUCUCCUUUUCUCCUUUUACUCAUCUCUACAACCCCAACACCACCACACCAUGAAGGAGCUCUGGACAACCAUGGCUUCUCUAAUGGGCGUUCUAGCCUUCUUCCAAACUCUCAUCCACACCGUGGUCCCACCCGAGCUCCGUUUCGCCGUUUUAAAACUCUUCCAACGCCUCUUUAACUGUUUCUCAGCCUAUUGUUACUACGAAAUAACCGAAAUCGACGGUGUCAACACCAACGAACUCUACAACGCGGUGCAACUUUACCUCUCAUCCGCCGCUUCUUCCUCGGCUUUCACCUCUUCGAACCGGUUAUCGCUCACCCGCGGUCUUAACUCCUCCGUCAUAACCUACGGGUUGGCCAACAACGAUCGUCUGUCUGACGUGUUUCGCGGCGUCCCCGUUGUGUGGGAACACAUCGUGACGCCGCGACAGUCGCAGACGUUCUCUUGGCGCCCAAUGCCGGAGGAGAAGCGCGGGUUCACCCUCCGGAUUAAUAAGAAAAAUAAUGCUCUUCUAAAAGAUUACCUCGAGUUCAUUACUGAGAAAGCGGGUGAGAUUAGGAGGAAAAACCAGGACAGAUUGCUUUACACGAAUUCCCGCGGAGGUUCUUUAGACUCCCGCGGGCAUCCGUGGGAAUCUGUCCCGUUUAAACAUCCGAGCACGUUUGAUACGCUCGCGAUGGAUCCAAUGAUGAAAGUACAGAUAAUGUGCGACCUGUCUGAUUUCGCUAACGGGGAGGAAUUCUAUAAAAGAACCGGCCGUGCGUGGAAACGUGGGUAUUUGUUGUACGGUCCACCCGGUACCGGAAAGUCAAGUAUGAUCGCGGCAAUGGCGAAUCAUCUCGGGUAUGAUAUCUACGAUCUCGAGUUAACCGAAGUCAACACGAAUUCGGAGCUCCGAAAGUUGCUUAUGAAGACAAGUUCAAAAUCAAUUAUUGUGAUCGAAGACAUUGAUUGUUCGAUAAAUCUUACAAAUCGUAAAAAAAGCAACGGUGGAUCAGCGGAUAGUGUUUCGGGUAAGAGAUCUGGUCCAUCUGGGUCCCCUGGCCCGGCUGGGACUGGUCCAGGGGAUCUGGAUGGUAGUGGGAAUAAUAAUUCCAUUACUUUAUCCGGGUUAUUAAACUUUACGGACGGGUUAUGGUCGUGUUGCGGGUCGGAGCGGAUAUUCGUUUUCACAACUAAUCACAUUGAGAAACUUGACCCGGCAUUGUUGCGGAGCGGGCGAAUGGAUAUGCAUGUGUUUAUGAGCUACUGUUCAUUUCCUUCACUAAAAAUUUUGUUGAAAAAUUAUUUGGGUAUUGACUUGGUGGAUAUUGAAAAGGAUGUUUUGGAUGAGCUGGCGGCGGUGAUCGAUGCGGCGGAGAUGACUCCGGCGGAUGUUAGUGAGGUGUUGAUAAAAAACCGGCGAGAUAAUGAUCGCGCAGUUAAGGAGUUAUUAGAGGCGUUGAAGACAAGAGCGGAGAAAAAACGGGUGGAUAUGAGGCGGCGGGUCGAGGUAGAGGAGGCGGAAGAGGAAGAGAAGAGGGCGUUGGAUAGUCCGAAAGAUGGUAGUGGUGCGGUGAAAUGUGGCGAUGACGUGGAGGGGGAUUAUAAGAAAGGUGAUGAGGAUAAUGGGGUUGAUUAACUUUUUGAUUAAUUAAUCAAAGUUGAUUAUUUUAUUUCUUUUUUUUUUCUUUUUUAGUUUUUGGGUUUAAUUAAUUGUUAAUCCGGUAAAACAGGGGUUUGAAACUUUAGGUGGGGAUGUAGUGGGAAUUGGAUAUUGGAUAUUGAAGAUUUGGGAAAAUGAAAAAUGCAUAGUUGGUCCUUCGGCUUUUACAAUGUUUGAGAUUUUGGUUAUUUGCUAUACUCAAAAAUUACAGAAAUUGUCACUA